AAAUUUCCUAAAAUAAUUCAAGAUACUCAAAUGAUGAGAGUUUGGUAUAAGCAGGAUGAUGAAUUUCUCCUACCAAGAGGGAUUUUAACCUUCUAUUUUGAUGGUCUACUAUCAAAUAUCAAUCCAGAAAAUUUUAACUAUUGCAUCAUGUUUGUUCAUUUGGUACAAAAUUCAAUGUCUGAUUAUUCUUAUUCAGCUAAAUUAUCUGGUUUAGAGUGGGAACUUAUAAAUAAUAAAAAUGGUAUAACAUUAUAUAUCGAAGGAUAUGAUCAUAAACAACUUGUAUUAUUGGAGAAAAUAAUAGACAAAAUGAUAAAUUUUCAAAUAGAUAAAACUAUGUUUGAAAAAUUGAAAAAAAUGUUUAUCAAAGAAUUAAAAAAUAUGUCUGAAGAAUCUAAUUUUGAAGCACAUUCUUAUCUUGAAAUUCUAUUAAAUGAAAAUAUGUGGAAUAAAGACGAUUUAUUAAAAGCAUGUGAUAAAUUAACAAUUAAAAAUUUACGAAAAUUUGUAUCACAAGUAUUUAAAAAAAGUCACAUUGAAUGUUUAAUUUAUGGGAAUUUCACAAAAAUUGAAGCAUUAAAAAUUGCAUCAAUUGUUGAAUUAAAUUUUAAAAAAAUUAGUAAAUUAAAAAAAGGAAAAAAUUUAUCACUAUUAAAUUUGGAUAGAGUUGUAAAUUUAGAUCCAGGCUUACAUUUAGUUUACGAAAUCAUGGACAAAAUGAAUGUAACUAUUGGUACUUUAAUUUAUUAUCCUCGAGAGGGACAAUCGAUGAUAGAAUUAAACAGUCUUCUUGAAUUAUUUGCACAAAUUAUUGCGGAACCAAUUGUCCAAAUUUUAAGGAAUAAUAAUAAACAAUUGUCUUACAUCAGGCAAACUAAAUCAAUAACAUUAAAUAAAUCCGAUCGCUUGACUAUUUAUAUGCAAAGUGAUAAAUAUUUGCAAUAUAAUGAAUUAAAAGUAGACGAAUAUUUGGAAUCAAUAAAGACACAUAUUAAUAAUGUAACUCUAGAGGAAUUUGCAAAGCACAAGGAAUCGCUAAUUAUAAAUAAAAUAUCCAAAAAGCCAAAGUCAAUGGUAGAAAUGUCAGCUGCCUUUUGGAAUGAAAUUUUUUCAAAAACGUACUCUUUCGAUAGGACGAAUAUGGAAAUUGAAUGUUUAAAGAAUAUUACAAAAGAACAAAUUCUUCAAUUUUACGAGGAUUAUACGCAAUAAACGUGAACGAAUUAUCUCAUAAGUUUAUUAGUCGAUUGUGGAUAAUUUUAAAAUUAAAAGAAAAAAGAAAUAAAAAGGUCAUCAAAUAUUACUGUUAUUAUGUUACAAUUGUUUCGUGAUAAUAUAAAUUUUUGUGUCAAUUCUUUUUAUUAGA